AUGCGCAAGUGCGCAAGCACGAGCGCGCUGGCGGAUCUCAGCCGCCGCCGCCGCAAUUUUGCCGCCUCAGGCGCAGCCGCGCGCUUGCGGCUUCCGCUGUUCCGCGCGGGCGAGGGGAGCGUAGGGAACAGUAUGGAAGAGGAUAGUGCAGCUGAAGAUGACGCGGAGGACGCGGAGGAUGCGGAGGGGGACGGGGCCCGCGCGGAGGGCUCAGGGGGAAAAGCGGAACGGGAAGCCCGCGAUUCCCGUGGCGGCGCGCUACAGCAACCGGCAGGACGGCCGGCAGCAGACCCCGAGUCUUCCGCUGGCAGCGCCGGCGGCUGCGGCGGGGAACGAGCGCGACAGGCGGCGGUAGCGGCGCGCAGCGAGGGCUCGAAUUGUACGCCGCAACACGCGGGAAGUGAAGUCGCGAACGCGCCGAUGAGCGGGCGGGGAGGAGGGGUGGGCGGAAGGGUUGACGGCGGGGGACGGGGAGGCGGCGGAGGCGGAGGAGGAAUCGGAGGCGGCGGAGGCGGAGGGGGAGGGGGGCACAUGGGCGGAACAUCAUCGUCGAGGGAGCGGAAGAAGGGGAUCGCGUGGACGGAGGAGGAGCAUCGGCUGUUUCUGAUUGGUCUGAGCAAGCUGGGGAAGGGCGACUGGCGGGGGAUCUCGCGCAACUACGUGACGACGCGCACGCCCACGCAGGUGGCGAGCCACGCGCAGAAGUACUUCAUCCGCCAGAGCAACCUGAACAAGCGCAAGCGGCGGUCGAGCCUCUUCGAUAUAAGCACAGACGUGCUAGCGGAGGAAGCGGCGGGCGCAACGGUCAUGUCUCGAUCCAUGAGCACGCCGUCUCUCCCGUCGCUCCGCGACGAUCCCAAGCUACUCCCCUCCGGAGCUUCCGGCGGACUCAACGCCGUCUCUUCCGCCGCCGCCAUUUCCGCGCUUUCCCCCUCCGCCUCCGCGCUCGUCUCCCCGCAAUCGCUCUCCCACCAUGCACUCCAUCAGGCGCUUCCGCACGCACGCGCGUUUUCCCGCCCGUACCAGCUCCCCAACACCGCGCAAACCCUACCCCCGCCCUCUUACAACCCGCACUCUUCUUCCGCCCAUCCCUUCGCCUCCGCCUCCUCCCCUUCCGCGCAUCCUUCCCCGCAUUCCUUCGCCCCUUCCGCGUCCGCUCACGGUUUUCUCGAUCUGAGCCGUUGCCAGUCGUACCCCGCAGUUCACAUGCUCGAAAGCGGAAGCCCUUACGAUAAUGUCGCCCUUCCCGCCGCUUCCGCCGCGGCCGCUGCCCGUGGCGGCCCACUUUCCGCAGCAUUUCCGCCGCUCACGCGUCCCAUGUCCCUGCCGUCCCUUCACCCGCCCUCCAUCCCCGAGUCUUCCGCCGUUCCGCCGGUCGAUCUCGGCCCGGCGCAUUAUCUCCCCUCCGCGCAUGGCUAUUCCGCGCAUGGCUAUUCCGCGCAUGGCUAUUCCGCGCAUCCACACUCGCAGGCCCCCCAGUGGCAUCUGUUCCCCUCGUCUUCCGCCAACGCUUCCGCCGCCUCCGCCGCCGCCGCGCGCGCUGUUGGGCGUGGGGCAAUGGCGCUCGACUGGUCUAUGUGCGCCGGUGGCGCCGCAGGCGCGGGGAGUUCCGCGGCGGCCGCAGCCGCCGCCGCGGCGAUGGGGCGCCAGGGGGGGGACACGGGCAUGGGUGGUGCGCCAGGGGUGGGCGCGGGCGCAGGGCUCGGCGCGCUUGCAGACGCAGCAGCUGCGCGGCACAGGAUUGGGCAUGAGAUGAUGAUGCAGAUGGGGCAUGAAGCAACGGUCCAGAUUGGACAUGAGUUGGCGCAACGGAUGGCCAGGAUGAGCCAGGCUGCUGAGCGAGCAGGGGCGGAUGGGGGCGGUCCGAAGCUGCUGGGGGGCAGCAGCAACGUGGAGAAAAGGACAAAACUUGAGAGUGGCAUGGGCUUUCCUAGUAGUGCUGGUGCUGUGGGUGGCGGUAAUGCUGCUGCUUCUUGUGGGAUUGGUCCUGCCAGUGCUGCUGCUGCUGCUGCUGCUGCCGCUGCGGCUGCAGCAGCUGUUAUGGACGUUGAGUCAGCAGUAGCAGCUCCGCUUCAUGAUCAGGAGGAACGGACGUCCAUCGAGGUUCACAGCAUCCAGGAUCUGCGGGGUCGGUUCCCGCUUUGGAGACAGCAGCUAGAGGACGGAUUCUCCCUCCUGUUCUAUGGCCUUGGCUCCAAGCACGCCCUGCUCACCGCAUUCGCAUCGGAAUGCUUAGCGGACAAGACAGUCGUCACCAUUAAUGGCGCCGAUGCCAACGCCACCCCUGCACGGAUGGCAUCUGCAAUCGCCUCGUCUUGUCAACCUGUCACAUCAACCAAAGGCCGAAAAGGAUCUGCCACAUCAUCAGCAUCCGCUGCUGAGCUGGCACGGUGGAUCAUCGAUCUGGUGACCGAGCAGCAGCAGCAGCUGCUGCAGAGGAAGCAGCGCCAGGUGUCAAAACAGCGUCAGCAAACGAAGAAGCAGGAGCAGCUUGAGGGGAACGGCAGCUGUAGCAGCUGUAGCAGCUGUAGCAGCUGUAGCAGCUGUAGCAGAGAGAAUGCCAGUCCGUGGCUGUGCAUUGUGGUUCACAAUCUGGACGCACCCCCUUUGAGAGCAUCGCCUGCCUGCAUUUCUCUGCUCGCCGUUCUUGCUGCCUGCCCUGCCAUUGCUGUCAUCACCUCAGUUGACCACGUCCUCUCCUCCGCAUUAUUUGACCGUCAGACCCUCUCCCUCUUCAACUUCGCCACCCAUCACGUGGUGACACGUGGCGCCUACACCAAGGAGGCCUCCGCCUUCUCCCCCGCCACCCUCUCCCACGCGCACUCAGCCACUGCUGCAGCACAGGCCGCCCUGCUGGUCCUCCGCAGUCUCCCCCCCAACGCCUGCCAGAUUUUCAUCCUCAUAGCACAGCCGUUUCUGUCUAGUGCUGGUGGCAGUAAAGGCCGAGGCAGUGGAGGGGGGUCUGCUGGUGGCAGUUCUGGUGGUGGUGGUGGUGGGGACGGGGAUGGGGAGGAGGAAGGCGGGGGGUCAGGCCAGAAGAACCAGCCUCAAGCCCUGCCCUUCGCCCAGCUUUACUCCCUCUGCCGAACGCGCUUUCUGGUUACCAGCGAGGUAACGCUGCGGGCACAUCUGAGGGAGUUUGAGGACCAUGCUCUGCUGAGGGAGUUUGAGGACCAUGCUUUGGUGAGGGUGUUCAGACAGGCGGAUGGCACGGAGAGCAUGGUUCUGCUGCUGCCAGUGGGGGCUCUGACUCACGUGAUGGAGCAGCUGGGUGUGAAAUGA